AAUAGAUAUGUCAUAAUCAUAUCUAUUUUCUGGAUCUAGAUCCACCAUCUAGAUUUGUGGAUGUUAAUCUGAAGCACCUCCACUGUUUUUGUGCACCUUUGCUACAGAUUGAAUUGAAAUCCAUUUUUUAGUUGUUUUACUAAACAGAGACAAGAGCAACUUUCACCCUGACAGUCAGACACAGUCUUCGUCCUCUGUGAAGUCCUGUUAGCUUUUAUUUCAUUAAAGUGCCAUGCAACUAUGUAGGCAAUAGCAAUUCCAUGUCUCCAGGUUACGGUCCUUUGUUCUCCGUGACACAGCCUACAAGUGUACUUUAUAUUUAGAUCCUACAAUCAUGCAUUUAGAUGUAUUUAAAUACAUUACUAUCGAAGAAUGCAGCAGUAUUUCUAAAGUUAGAGCACCAUGGAGAGCCUGAUGGUUGGCAAUACAUUGGCUUUCCAUUGAGAUUCUUGAAAGUUGUAUUGUGAAAAAUGAAAGCUGGACAAUAUCAAUUUAUCAGCCAUGUUUACAUUUUUUUAAUGGGUGGUCCACAAUCUGUUGGGGUGUGGUCUGUGUGGAUGGUGAAGUGAGGCGGCUAACGCCUGCUGGGGUUGAUGGUGUCUGUGAAUAUUCCAUCACUCAGGAUGCUGUUGAGAGCUUUAAACCCGGGUGAUGUGCUCUGGUGUCAUGCUACGUAUUGAUCCAGUGCAUUAGCCCGUGCAACGUAUUUAAGUCUGCCUGGUCUAUAGUCGAUCGUAUCUGAUCAUUGAUAUGACAUCAGUAUGUAUGCAACAGUCCAGCUCUCCUGUUGAAUUUAUAUUUUUGAAGUCAUAGAAGUUAAUUUGUCCUGUAUGUCAGUUGUGUCUGAGUAUGGUGACACUUUCUUUAUUUUGGUGAUGUUAGCAUCGACAGACUAAACUAAUCUUAAAUCAUGAGUCAAUUGGAUCAAAGUUUGAGUCUGAACACUGUCUUUUUAACUCAUAGUAUUCGACCAUUGCCGAUCAGAAUGAAACCACAGCUAACUUUCAAAGCAGUUCACGAUAUCACACAUACAAAGAGCAAAGAAGCUGGAGACAGAAACUGGCAGAUGCCGCUCUAUAUGCAUCGAAAUUGUCUUCCUGAUUCAAUCUGGACACUUUCCGGAAAAUCAAUAUCAUCCUGUCUGUUUGCCGACGUGGACUGUGUAUUUUAUUUCGUCCAACUCUGUGAUUGAGCUUGACAUAUUUGCUUUUGAUUUAUUGCAUUCCAUUGCUUUGAAUCAUAUAACUUCCUCAUAUCAGAUUCCAAUUUCUGGCAGGUUUUUUUUGUAAUUAUUUAUUAGUAUAAAUUUUUAAACAACGAUAUAUUAGUAUUAUUUUUAAAAGAGGCGAAGAUAUGUCCGGUUCGAACUCUGUCUUUGUCCUAAUCCAAAAAUUGAUGCCGUUAGAGUCUCUCGUCCAUGGAGCAGGGCGAGGCUGGGCGCAUGCGCGUUGCAGUUCAGUGCAUGGGAAGCGGCUCGGCUCUUCCCUCCCCUGUCUCCUUCUCCCUCCUCUCUUCGCCCCUCUUCUUGUCUGAAUCCGUCUGAGAAGCAAAGGCCACUGUAGCUCCGGGAGACUGAGCCUUAGCUGACUCUUUUCAGGACAUUCCCCCCCAAAACUGCCGGUGAGGGAGCCUCAGCCUUCACCCCCAUCUUGCUCGCCGCCAUCAUCAUCCUCACAUCAUCGCUGUCGUUGUGAACUGAUCGCGGCUCCACGGCGCAGAGCCAGGCGAAGCACCGGUGAACAUGUCUGGAUACCAGGGCAAGAAGAACAUUCCCCGCAUCACAAGCGACCGACUCCUGAUCAAAGGGGCCAAGAUUGUGAACGAUGACCAGUCCUUCUCUGCUGACAUUUACAUGGAGGAUGGAGUCAUCAAACAAAUUGGGGAGAACCUUAUUGUUCCUGGCGGGGUGAAGACCAUCGAUGCUCAUGGCCGCAUGCUGAUGCCAGGCGGGAUAGAUGUCCACACUCGCUUCCAGAUGCCCGAUCGAGGAAUGACCUCCGCCGAUGACUUCUACCAGGGAACCAAGGCAGCGCUGGCAGGAGGCACCACCAUGAUAAUCGACCACGUGGUCCCAGAACCAGGGGUGAGCCUCAUCUCUGCCUUGGAGCAGUGGCGCGAGUGGGCCGACAGCAAGUCCUGCUGCGACUACUCGCUGCACAUGGACAUCACCGAGUGGCACAAAGGCAUUCAGGAAGAAAUGGAGACGCUGGUCAAAGAUCAUGGCAUCAACUCGUUCAUGGUGUAUCUGGCGUACAAGGAUCUGUUUCAGCUGACUGAUGCUCAGAUUUACGAGGUUUUCAGUGUGAUCCGAGAUCUGGGGGCCAUUGCUCAAGUCCACGCCGAGAAUGGAGACAUUGUAGCCGAGGAGCAGCGUCGGAUGCUGGAGCAGGGCAUAACUGGACCUGAGGGCCACGUGCUGAGUCGUCCUGAGGAGGUGGAAGCAGAGGCUGUGAACCGCUCGGUGACUGUGGCCAAUCAGACCAACUGUCCGCUCUACGUCACCAAGGUGAUGAGCAAGAGUGCAGCUGAUGUCAUCGCUCAGGCCAGGAAGAAGGGCACAGUCGUCUAUGGCGAGCCCAUCGCUGCCAGUCUGGGGACGGAUGGCUCGCACUACUGGAGCAAAAACUGGGCUAAAGCUGCGGCCUAUGUCACCUCACCGCCUCUGAGUCCUGACCCGACCACGCCGGACUAUCUCAACUCUCUCCUCUCCUGCGGCGACCUGCAGGUGACAGGAAGCGCCCACUGUCCGUUCAACACUGCCCAGCGUGCCGUGGGUAAAGAUGAUUUCACUUUGAUUCCUGAAGGUGUCAAUGGCACAGAGGAGAGGAUGUCGAUCAUCUGGGACAAGUGUGUGGUGACUGGUAAGAUGGAUGAGAACCAGUUUGUAGCUGUGACCAGCACCAACGCCGCCAAGAUCUUCAACCUGUACCCCCGCAAGGGGCGCAUUGCUGUGGGCUCAGAUGCUGACCUGGUGCUGUGGGACCCCGACGUCACAAAGAUCAUCUCAGCCAAGACCCAUAAUUCGAGUGUGGAGUACAACAUCUUUGAAGGUGUGGAGGUGCGUGGUGGCCCCCUGGUGGUCAUCAGCCAGGGCAAGCUCGUCCUGGAGGAAGGGACCAUCCAUGCCAGUGAGGGCUCCGGACGAUUUGUGGCCCGCAAACCGUUCCCCGACUACGUUUACAAAAGGAUAAAGGCCCGCAGCAGGUUGGCUGAGCUGAGAGGUGUCCCCAGAGGUCUCUAUGAUGGGCCUGUUUGUGAGGUGUCAGUCACCCCUAAAGCCAUGACACCUGCCUCAUCUGCGAAGACCUCCCCUGCCAAGCAGGCGGGGCAACCAGUUCGCAACCUGCACCAGUCGGGCUUCAGCCUCUCAGGCGCUCAGGUCGAUGACAACAUUCCACGCAGGAACACCCAGCGCAUUGUGGCGCCACCUGGUGGCAGGGCUAAUAUCACCAGCCUGGGUUAGAAUCUUCCUGGAGGACUGGAAGCGCGGUAGGAGCAGCGUCCCUCAGAGGCCAUCCUUGACCUUUCACCUCCGCCCCGGCUGCUUCCUGCAACUCUUUUCCACCCCAACUUCGAGGACACGGAUAGAAAUGAAAAAAAAAAAAAAGAAAAAUCUGCCCCUAAAAAAACAGAAAACUUCUUGUUUGAGCACUUUUGAUGUCAUUGUUUUAAUUUUUUAUACUGUUUUCCCUGCUCGCCAAGUUUGUUUGGAUGUUGUUUGAGACCAGACUGAAUAAUACAGUGAACAAAAGUUGGUACUUUAUUUGACAUUGUUUCUUUUUGUCUUGUCUCACAGGCGCAAGCCAACGUUCCUUGUUGUGCAUUUUUUUAGAACACGGUCCUCCUCAGUUCACCUGAAUAUAUUAUCUUUCUUACUGCUGUUGGUCAUUAAUGAUUCAUAUGAAGUUGCGUUUCAAUGGCUUCCUCUCUUUCCUCUUUCCUGUGUGUCACUCAAAAGACCUGCUCGCCAGUGAUGCUCCAGCUGUGAAAAUAUCUAGCACCAAAGCCCAUUACUGGCUCUCCUGGUUUAACAUUGACAUGUGGACAAGCCACAGCGUUCAAAAUCUGGAAGUAUAUUGUCAUGGAAAUACACACUAUUCUCAUGGACUGUGACUAUAACCAAAGAGACCCUUGCUCUGUUCUAGCGUUAAAGAUCAUUUAAAAAAUAUCUAAUGGAUUAAAUUGGCCGAUGACAGAGGUACUGGCAAUGGUUUCAGAACCCCAGUGACCCGGGCAAACUUGUCUUAACUAAUAAAAAUGAUAUUUUGUGGUGCCAAGGUGCCGAAAUCUACCUAAUAGUAAUUUUUUUUGACUGGCCAUUUUCACAUCUGGGUUCACUUGAGAGCUCAUUCCAUUUUGCACCAUGUUUGCGGCCUUAAUCGUGACAAAUCUGCAACACCAAACAAAGGCAUUCAUGGGCUCAUUUGCACUUACGGUGAGAUACAAAAGUGGCAUUCCAUCUUCGGCGGCUGACUCAGGGCUUGAGAGUUGGCAGGGAAGUGGAGAUUGUGGAGCUUAUACCUCAGCUGUUGGAGGGAAUGAAGAGUGGCUGUCAUACUCUUUGCCUUACUUACACACAGUAGUCCUUCACUAUGCAGCUCCGUAGUUACCUUGUCUUCAGUCCAAAAUUCUCUUAAAAAGCUUCUGACACACCAGUGCAUUUACGUUCCUAGAAUGUCAUCUCCCUCUCACAUGUUUUCUACUCAUUGACAUUCCUUUCUGCUUAUUAUGUGCCUGGACUAACUGUAGCUUUACUGUUAGUUUGCUUUUGUCGUUCCAAUUGCGGUGAAGUGAAGGAUGUAAAAUAAAAAAUAAUAAAAAAAAGUGGUGUAAGAUAACCAGGAUAAACCGAUUCAAAGGUGCCAGAUUUUCCUCGGGCUUCUUCUGCAGGUAGAGCCCCAGUAAAGAGAACGAAUGCUCAAUGUGUCUAAAUGUUCUUUAGGGAUUUUAAAUCUUGCUGUCUAACUGCUUUUAGUGUCGGUCUGUAGACGCCAGUGAGCACUGUGGAUUUAUGCUUGAGAGUAGACACGCGCUGAUGUACGUGUGGCUAGUGUUGAUGUGUUUGGGAGGCUGCUCCCGAGCAGUGAUGCCUACUUUUUUUUUUUUUUUUUUGAGUUGUUGUGCAUGAUCUGGUUCUCAUUAAACUGAGCAACUGACUCCA